CUAGAAAGUUUCAAGAUCAUGGACUACAGCCUUUUGCUGGGAGUCCAUGUCUUGGAUCACUCCCUUAAAGAAGAGGAGCCUUCACAAAACGUGCCUGAUGCAAGGCGGCCUGGGGUGCAGAAAGUCCUCUACUCAACAGCCAUGGAGUCCAUCCAGGGUCCAGGGAAGCCUGGAGACGGGCUUGUCACCGAGAACCCAGACACAAUGGGAGGCAUUCCAGCUAAAAGCCAUAAGGGAGAAAAGCUACUUUUAUUUAUGGGCAUUAUUGACAUUCUACAAUCAUAUAGGUUAAUGAAGAAGUUAGAGCAUUCCUGGAAAGCACUUGUCUAUGACGGGGAUACUGUUUCAGUUCAUAGACCAAGUUUUAUGCAGACAGAUUUCUAAAGUUUAUGAAUUCCAG